GUUGGUGCCGAGAGCGCCGCGCGGUAGCGGGACACGAGGAGCCGCCGAUCAGCGCAGCAUGGAGGCGGCGGCGGCGGGUGAGGGCAAGGCGGGCCACGGCCGGAACGGCCACGCCGAGGGCCCGGCGGCCGAGGAGCGGCGGGGCGGCGGGGGCCGGCUGCGGGGCUGCCGCGGGUUCCUGCGGCGCAACGCGCUGGUGCUGCUGACGGUGUCGGGGGUGGUGGCCGGCGUGGCGCUGGGGGCCGCGGUGCGCGGAGCGGCGCUGGGCCCGGCGCAGGUCGCCUACCUGGCCUUUCCCGGGGAGCUGCUGCUGCGGAUGCUGCGCAUGGUGAUCCUGCCGCUCGUGGUCUGCAGCCUGGUGUCGGGCGCCGCCAGCCUGGACACCCGCUCGCUCGGCCGCCUGGGCGGCAUCGCCAUCGCCUAUUUCCUGGGCACCACGCUGCUCGCAUCGGGCCUCGCCGUAGCUCUCGGCUUCAUCAUCCGCCCCGGCGCCGGUGCCUCCGCGCUCAACGCCCCCGGGCUGGGGCUGCCGGGUGCGCUGCCCACCAGCAAGGAGACGGUGGACUCUUUCCUGGACCUCGUCAGAAACCUGUUUCCUGCAAACCUUGUUGCUGCAGCUUUCCGAACGUAUGCGACAGACUAUAAGAUGGUGCUCAGAAACACUACCUCUGGAAAUGCCACAUUGGAAAAGAUCCCUGUCGGUACUGAGAUCGAAGGGAUGAACAUCCUGGGGCUGGURCUGUUUGCUCUGGUUUUAGGAGUGGCACUGAAAAAGCUUGGCCAGGAGGGGGAAGAUCUGAUUCGCUUCUUUAACUCGUUCAAUGARGCAACAAUGGUCUUGGUUACCUGGAUUAUGUGGUAUGUACCUAUUGGCAUUAUGUUCCUUGUUGGGAGCAAGAUUGUGGAAAUGGAAGAUAUUGUCCUUCUGGUGACCAGUCUGGGAAAAUACAUCUUCGCCUCCAUCCUGGGCCACGUCAUCCAUGGAGGAAUCAUUCUGCCACUUAUUUAUUUUGCAGCCACWCGGCAAAAUCCGUAUCGUUUUCUCUUAGGACUUAUCACACCAUUUGCCACUGCCUUUGCCACUUGCUCCAGCUCAGCCACGCUCCCAUCCAUGAUCAAGUGUAUUGAGGAGAACAACAAAGUGGACAAGAGGAUCAGCAGGUUUAUCCUUCCCAUUGGGGCCACUGUAAACAUGGAUGGAGCUGCCAUUUUCCAGUGCAUGGCAGCUGUGUUUAUUGCUCAGCUGAACAAUGUUGACCUAAACCCUGGGCAGAUCUUCACCAUUCUCGUGACGGCCACCGCCUCCAGCGUGGGAGCAGCCGGGGUCCCUGCAGGAGGAGUCCUCACCAUUGCCAUCAUCCUGGAGGCCAUCGGGCUGCCCACCAACGACCUGUCCCUCAUCCUGGCUGUGGACUGGAUUGUGGACCGAACCACCACGGUUGUGAAUGUGGAAGGGGAUGCCCUGGGAGCAGGCAUCCUCAAUUACCUGAAUGAAAAAGAUAAAGAUAAAGGCAAAGAGCAGGAGCUAAAAGAAGUCACCGUAGAAGCAGUUGCCAACAACAAGUCUGAAGCRGAAACGUCACCUUUGGUAACCCACAAAAACCCAGUCUCCAACACAAGCAGCACAGCAGACCCUGAAUCCAAGGAAUCAGUAUUGUGAACUCGAGGCCACACGUCAAGACCAGUCCUAGAGGUGGCCCAGGGACUUGUCAACGCACCCAGACGUUUGCAGCACGGCCCGGGGCUGGAUGGCUCUUGGAAGUGCUCAGUUCCAGUCUGUUUUGAAAUAUGCUGGCCUGGGGAAGGGGAGGGAGGUGGGGUGGGCAGAAGAAGGGGUGUUGAGAAGGAACACUCGCUUUAUAAUAGUAUUUUGAUAGUUUAUAUGUGUACAUGUAUGCGUGUUGCACRUGCACACGUGUGUACAUGUAUGUGAGAGCUGCCAUUGAGGCUUCUGGUGUAACAARGCUUCCGUUAGUGAAGGCUCAGAUGGGUUGGAGGUAGGGUGGUAGACAAACCCAGUAUGUGCUUAUUGUAGGGAAAAAUUAGUAAGCUUAUUUUUGCUGCUGUAUGAAUGGAGAAGCAGUCUAGAAACUCCAGAGUGGGUGAAAAUGUUGCUUUAAUUUAUUUUCUAGCCUGGAAACACUUACUGACCAUUACAGCCAUKAUAUGAAGCAACAUUUUUCUCCCACUCCCCUUCCUCUCAUGUUCUCCGAUCCAUUAAAAAUAUCAAGUAUGUCCUUAAAACUAGCUGUUUUCUAUUUUUARAUUUUUUCUUUGUUUCAUACCUAAAUUAAUAGCUUAUAGGGACCUUUUCAUUCUCCCACUGCAUUGCAGCUCAUAGCAGCUUUCCUGCCYUUUGGUAACUCCCAAACUGAGGGACCAAACAUAGGAGAUCUUCAUGCAGAUCAAGGAUUGGUUUCCUCCUUUCCUCUAACCGAGCUGUUAAGGAAAAAAUCCAGAGGAAACACAAAUUUUGUUAAAGCAAUCCCUUUGGGGCUGAAAAAAAAAAUGUAGAGUGUGUUCCAGCAUUAGUAUGCCUGUGACAACAUCCAUAAAUCCACAAGUCAGUUCCCUUCAUGAAAACACACAUGAUCCUCUGCUAGCACACCACGUCCUGCUCAUAUUUAUUUAAUGGGUCAGUCCAAACAACUUCAGUCAUACUCUUCUUCCAGAAAAAUUGAACAGAGAAGGAAAAAUUCUGCACGCACAUCAUGUGGAAACUGAUGACAGGCAAGUCUGAGUCUUGGCUUGAAAGGGUGAGUUUAUAACCCCARGUAGCUCAGUGAUCUCUGUGUGGGAGUUUGCUACCUGUUCCUGCUAGCAGUUUGGUCCUGACAUAAAUAUUCUUCUAGCAGCAAUUUACUUGUAAUUCUGGGUGGUGCUGGGCCAGGGUAAUGCUUUAAUGGCAGAUGGUAACCUUUGCUUGAGGCUUAUCCAAAUGUUUCUGGAUUCUUACUCCUCCACAUGCUUCUGGAUUCUUACUCCUUCUUUUUACCUUUACAGUGUCCUUCCUAAAGUUGUGUCCCAAACCUGAACAAAACCUGGCAAACUCACUGCAGAGAUCUUUGUUUGUCUUGGCUCUUYGGAUGCUAAUAGCUAAAAAAUUAUGACGGUACACAUGCCAAGAUUUGCCUGGACUUGUGAUGCUUUCCCUUCAACAAGAGAUUGCAUAUGGCCAAUCUCCACGGUGUUAAUUCAGCAAUAUGUAUUUACACUUAGCUUUGAUAUAAAAUAAUGCUAAGUCUCCCUUUUUCUUUCUCCUCUCUUGCUUCAGAGCAACCUGUCUUGGAAAGAUAYCAGCACUAGCAAGAGGCAACUCCAAUUCCRUAGCUGCAGCUGCCUUCCUUUGCAAAUCAUCUYCCCCAGUAAAGGGACCCAAGGAAUUUUGCAGAAAGAUGCUCAGAGUGAGAUGUGUCCCCCCMUGAGGGAGAGCACAGCAAGUGCAUCACCACUGGCUGGUUAAUCCUGAGCACUGGAGCCGUGCAGACAAUCCAAGUAGGAAAGGAUUAGUCAGCCCACUGGGAAACUGCAGGUGGAGCUUCUUUUUUAGCCAGUUUAUUUAUAACCAUGUCYACAAAAUUUGGUCAUUCCUUGGCUCGUCUUCGAAAUGGAAGGAGACAAACACAWUUCUGUAGRGACAUCUUUUGCCCAGCARAUC